AUGGCUUCCACUGCGUUAAACAUGCACAAGCCAAAUAUAAACCUUGUCUCAUUUUCAACUGAUUCUAUGCUACGAAAGUGUUCUUUUGGGCAAGUAACAUUGAUGAAAAUGAGUGAGAUUUCUUCACCCAAACACCCAGUUUCUGCUAAGUUUUCCAAAACCAGUCCUAUUUUGGCUCGUUGUUGGAGGGAGGUUCAAGGCUUAAACAACUGGGAAAAUCUAAUGGAACCCUUGGAUCCUCUUCUCCAGCAAGAAAUCAUCCGGUAUGGCGAGUUCGUUGCCGCCUGUUACAAGGCAUUCGAUCUAAACCCAUCCUCAAAACGCUUCCUAAGUUGCAAAUUUGGGAAGAAGAGAAUUUUAAAAGAAGUUGGUUUGGGAGAUUCGGAUUAUGAAGUCACCAAGUACAUCUAUGCCACUCCAGACAUCAACAUUCCAAUGCAAAAUAUUGUCUCCUGUGGCCGUUGGAUUGGAUAUGUUGCAGUAUCAUCGGAUGAUGAAGCAAAGAGGAUUGGAAGGAGAGAUAUAGUGAUAACAUUCAGAGGAACAGUUACAAACCCUGAAUGGAUUGCAAACCUAAUGAGCUCAUUGACUCCUGCACGGCUCGAUCCACAUAACCCUCGGCCUGAUGUCAAGGUAGCAGCUGGGUUUCUAUGCUUGUACACUUCUGAUGAGAGUGGCAGUAAAUUUGGGCUCGGAAGCUGCCGGGAACAGCUUCUUUCCGAAGUGUCUCGGUUAUUAAACAAGUACAAAGGCGAGGAAAUGAGCAUAACUUUGGCAGGUCAUAGCAUGGGGAGCUCGUUGGCACUCCUACUAGCUUAUGAUAUUGCAGAGCUUGGAUUGAACAGAGACGAUUCUGACUGCCAAAUACCGAUCACUGUUUUUUCCUUUGGAGGGCCUAGAGUUGGGAAUUCACGCUUCAAGGAAAGAUGUGAGGAAUUGGGCCUAAAAGUUCUGAGAAUAGUGAAUGUUAAUGAUCCCAUAACAAAGCUUCCUGGGUUUUUCUUGAAUGAAAAUUUCAAGGGUUUUGGAGGUAGUUUUGAGUUCCCUUGGAGUUGCUCUUGUUAUGCUCAUGUCGGAGUUGAACUAGCCUUUGAUUUCUUCAAGAUGCAAAACCCUUCUUGUGUUCAUGAUUUGGAAGACUAUAUUAGCUUUCUUAGAUGUCCCAAGGCGUUUGAGAUUCAAAGGAAGGGCAUAGAUUUUCUCAACAGAGCAAAGGAUUUCAUCUUGAGUGCCCAAAACUUCAACACGAUUACAUUGAGAAAUGCAGCGAUCAAUAUGGUGAACUUGGGUCAGACUCAAAGGACAUUAUAG